UUCACCGCCGUUCACGAGCCGCUCGCGCAUCAACCCGGUUACACCUGCCGCCUCGAGCCCGUCAGCACCGACCGCAGCACCGACAUCAUCGGCUUUCUCGCACGCUGUCAGGAUGAAGAUUGAAAACGGCAUGACCCUCCCCGAGCUCCCAGAGCCCCUUUCCCACGCAGGCCUCCAGUUCACUGUAGCCACUGAGGAGGACUUUGAUGACAUCAUGGCAAUGAGUCAGGACAUCUAUGGAGGCCUUGACUACCUGCCCACCAGAUACACCACCUGGUUGCAGGAGACCAACCGUACAGUCAUACUGGCCCGCAAACAGGGGAAAGUGAUUGCUCUCGAGUCGGUGUGUGUGAUUGACGAUGGGGAGACUAUGCUGGUGGAGGGCCUUCGUGUUGCCCCCCAAGAACGGGGCAAGGGUGUGGCAGGCGUCCUGCUGCGCUUUUGCUCCCAGCUUGUCAAAUCCAAAUUCCCAGAGGUCAAAGUCACCCGCCUGACUCGUGAUGACGUGCUUGGACCUAAGGACUUCCAGAAGUAUCGCCUCAUUACAAAGCAGGGCAUUCUGCUGGUGCGCUUCAGAGCAGAAGACCUCAAGCUCCGUCUCUCUGAGCUCGGUCCGGAUGGAGACUUUCACUCCCCUUCCUCCAUCUCUUCCUCUUCUUCCAUCCCUCCUCCAGUGUGUCUCGACCACAAAGACAUUCACCGGCUGUAUCUGGCCACUGACCUGAUGCACGGGGUCCUGCCCAAUGCCACCAUUGUGCAAGACUGGCAGCCAUUCAAGCCGGUGCCCAGUAACAUGGCCAUUCUCCUGAAGAAGGAGAUUGAUUGGAUGGUGGAUGAUGUUACCAGCCCCACCGUGGCCAGCCUCUGCACCUUCCCCUUCAGGGUGCCCAUUGGAGAUGACUGGUAUUACCUGAACAUUGACAUGUUCGGUAAAGACCUGGCCCUGGCACGCCAGCAGUUCCUGUGCCACUUGCGCCGCCACACUGCCAGCCUGAAGGGUCAUGUGAUGUGUCAGAUGUUCCUGGACCCACCACUUUGGAAACCCAUGGCCGAUUUCUGCCGUCAAAAUUUGGGUGUGGAACUAGUGAAGGAGUACACUGAGCAAUGCGUUUGUGAGUCAGAUGUUGUGUAAGAAUAGGAGGAGGAGGUAAAGGGUUUGUAGGAGGAGCCAAAAAGAUGUGAAAACAAGGAUGUAGAUAAAAAUAGGAAAAUCAUAGGAUAUGGGCCCAAGUUAAUUACAAUUUACAGAAGCAACUCAAGCUUUCUCCUAAGAGGGAAUGAAAACAAGAAAGCAAGGAACAAAAU